UCAUCUUUGAGAUCAGCUGACAUUGUGUUGUGGAGGAAAACAAGAGUUGAGGUACCUGCUUGGAAAAUAUAACGUUAUUUUUAUACUGUAAUUAGCUCAUUUUUGGUUAUUCGCGGAAUGAUUUCUUGAAGUUUUCUCCAUGUUCAAAAAUGAAUAUGGAAAUUUCCUGAUUAAGUGAUUUGCUGGACGAUUAUUUCUUACUUAACUUUACAAGGAAACUGAAAGGGACCGAAAUCUUUAACUUGAAUUGUAGAGAAGCUCUUGUGAUAGAAUUCUGGAAAUUAUUAAUAGAGCUUCAAUGGAUCCAACUAAAAAAAGAAUAAGAAAAUAUGAGAUUCCAGGCGUUCGCUAUCUAUUUGCUUUGAAUGGAAUGCUUGGUUUCCUGAUUGUGUAUGCUUUGCGAGUGAAUAUCAGCGUGGCCAUCGUUGCCAUGGUCAAUCAAACAGCGAUAGCUGCCAGUUCAGCCAACAAUCUCUCCUCGAAAGAAUGUCCAUCACCUACCGCUUCUAACGAUUUCAGCAAUUCCUCCCACAACUCCGAUAUCAAGGAUGGAGAAUUUAUAUGGUCAUCUCAAAUGCAGGGAAUCGUCCUCGGUGCCUUUUACUAUGGCUAUGUUAUUUCUCAAAUCCCUGGUGGAAGACUUGCAGAGCUAUUCAGUGCUAAAUGGGUUUUCGGCCUCAGUACCCUCAUAACAUCUUUUCUUACCCUCUUGACACCUUGGGCAGCAUGGAAAGGAGUCGGGUUCCUCAUAGGAAUAAGAGCCAUUGAAGGAUUUGCGCAGGGAGUAACAUUUCCAGCUAUGAAUUAUAUGGUUGGUCAAUGGGCACCGGAUUCAGAAAAAGGCAUGAUUAAUACCUUAGUGCAUGCAGGUGUCAAUGUAGGCAGCUUGGUUGCGAUGUCUCUGACUGGAUAUCUCUGUGAAUCUGACUUUAUUGGGGGAUGGCCUGCAGCCUUUUAUGUUACAGGUUGUAUCGGGAUUAUGUGGUUUAUCUUGUGGUGCUUCGUAGUAACAGAUUCACCUUUGACUCACCCGUUUAUCUCGGAGAAAGAAAUUAACUACAUCACAGCAAACCAGAAGAUGGAUCUACGAAAAGAAGUUCCUCCCAUUCCAUGGAGGAAAAUACUGACAUCCGUGCCGUUCUGGGCUGCCGUCAUCACUAUCACCUGCCAAAAUUGGUCAUUUUAUACUAUGAUGACAGAUUUGCCGUCAUAUUUUAGCACCAUUUUACAUUUUACGAUGACUGAAAAUGGCUUCUACUCAUCUUUUCCUCAUGUUCUACAAACCAUUGUUGGUUUGAUGGUUGCAUAUGUGGCUGAUUCACUUAUUCGUAGAGAGAUUUUUUCCAUGAAUUUUGUAAGAAAAUUCUGCAAUUCUGUGUCAGGAUUUGGUACUGUCUUAGGUCUGAUAGGUGUUUGUCUCUCAGGAUGUGACGUAUCGUUGAACAAAUUUUUUUUCAUAUUCGCCAUAGCUAUUGGUGGUUUCGCAUACAAUGGACAGAAUCUCACACUUUUAGACAUGUCACCGGAAUAUGCAGGCACCUUACUUGGUAUAACGAAUACGAUUGCUAAUUUGACAGGAUUCCUAACUCCCUUAGUAGUUGGGGCACUUACUGAUGGAAGGAAUACUCUACAUCAAUGGAGAAUCGCUUUUAGCAUAACAGCUUCUCUAUUAGCUUUCGCCAGUUUCGUUUUCAUUUUCUUCUCAACUUCCAAUAAACAAGACUGGGCUGACCAAGAACCUUCGAGUGAUGUUAUCUCUCACGUGCCCAAAGAAGCAGCUGAUCAAAGGAAAAAAUACAAUUCUAUCCACUAAUGUCUUGAUAUCUGUCUUCAAAGUAGAAGAAACAAAAAAAAAAAAAAAGAGAGAGAGAGAGAGAGAGAGAGAGAGAGAAAGAGAAUAAUGGCGACAAGAUUAUUUGUUUUUUAUUUAUUAUUUGCGAAUGAGUUUCUGUUUUAAUAAAGUCAU